AACCCCUGCAAGCUUCCUUCAAGAGCCUACAACACAACAGCAGACGUUCCUUCUCACCUUCUUGUCUGAGUUGUGGUGGAGUUAGUCUCCCUCUGCUGGUCACUGCGAGGACAGCAGCCUCCCCUUUAUCCAUCACCCAGCAAGCAUGGACUUCGCCAAAGGACCCCUGAAGGACCCACCCCGUGUACUCUUGCCCUUCUUGAGCAGCCCCCACCAGCACCUUGGAGUCCUCAGGUGUCCUCUGGAGGUCCUGGGCUGUCCCACGGAUCCCGCCUUUGUCCAGAGGCGCAACGAGCGAGAGCGGAGCAGGGUGAAGUGCGUGAAUGCGGGCUACGCCAGGCUGAGGCAACACCUGCCAGCCUACAGCGCCACCAGGAGGCUCACCAAAGUGGAGACGCUGCGAGCUGCCAUCAGCUACAUCAAGUACCUGCGAGACCUGCUGGUGGUGCUAGAAAACGAGUCCACAGGAUCCCAACAAGAGACUUUGACCUGCCUAGUGUUGACUAAAUAAAUCAAACAAACGUGUGGGAGUUGGUAGAAGAACAUUACAUACAGUAAGUAGUUUUACCUGGAUCACCUGCUGCUGAACUUCUAUUGGCUGACAUACUGAGAAGGAGCGACGUCACGGUUGAGGGUUUCAUGCUAGGAAGACAAAAAAAAAAAAAAGCAAAGCAGCACACUGUUAUGGAAUAUUUAUUUUAUCAGCAAAACAUCACACACAGGAAGAUGAUGCCUUACAAAAAUAAAAGCAUUUUGG